AGGACCUUUAGCGUCGUAAGACAUUUUGGCUGCGUAACCUUCCCUGCUUCAAGUUCAUCAUGUCAAAGUUAAAAAGCUCUGAGUCUGUUAGGGUGGUGGUUCGCUGUCGGCCCAUGAAUGGCAAGGAAAAGGCUGCUUCCUACGACAAAGUGGUGGAUGUGGAUGUGAAGCUGGGCCAGGUGUCUGUAAAGAACCCCAGAGGUGUGGCCCAUGAAAUGCCCAAGACCUUCACCUUUGAUGCAGUCUAUGACUGGAACGCUAAACAAUUUGAACUCUAUGAUGAGACGUUCCGACCACUUGUGGACUCAGUCCUGCAGGGUUUUAAUGGGACAAUUUUUGCUUAUGGACAGACUGGGACUGGAAAAACCUACACAAUGGAAGGUGUUCGUGGUGACCCUGAAAAAAGAGGGGUAAUCCCUAACUCAUUUGACCACAUCUUCACCCACAUUUCUCGAUCUCAGAAUCAGCAAUACCUGGUCAGGGCUUCGUAUUUAGAGAUCUACCAGGAGGAAAUCCGUGAUCUGCUCUCAAAGGAUCAGACCAAAAGACUUGAGCUCAAAGAGAGACCUGACACUGGAGUGUAUGUGAAAGACCUGUCCUCCUUUGUCACCAAGAGUGUGAAGGAGAUAGAGCACGUGAUGAAUGUCGGGAACCAGAACCGUUCAGUUGGUGCUACCAAUAUGAAUGAGCACAGUUCACGCUCUCAUGCCAUUUUUGUCAUCACAAUCGAGUGCAGUGAGGUGGGCCUUGAUGGUGAAAACCAUAUCCGCGUGGGCAAGCUCAACCUUGUAGACCUUGCUGGCAGUGAACGGCAAGCCAAGACUGGUGCUCAAGGGGAAAGAUUGAAGGAAGCAACCAAGAUCAACCUCUCCCUUUCAGCCUUGGGUAAUGUCAUCUCUGCCCUGGUGGAUGGCAAAAGCACUCACAUUCCAUAUCGGGACUCAAAGCUUACUAGGCUUCUCCAAGAUUCCCUCGGUGGCAAUGCUAAAACUGUGAUGGUGGCUAACGUGGGGCCUGCCUCUUACAACGUAGAAGAGACUCUGACCACUCUGAGAUACGCCAACCGUGCCAAAAACAUUAAGAACAAACCAAGGGUCAAUGAGGACCCCAAAGAUGCUCUUCUUCGUGAAUUUCAGGAAGAGAUUGCUCGGCUCAAGGCCCAGCUGGAAAAACGGUCCAUUGGCAGAAGGAAGAGGCGGGAGAAACGGAGGGAAGGUGGUGGCAGCGGUGGGGGUGGGGAAGAGGAGGAGGAGGAGGGAGAAGAGGGUGAGGAGGAAGGGGAUGAUAAGGAUGAUUAUUGGCGGGAACAGCAAGAAAAACUGGAGAUUGAGAAGCGGGCCAUUGUAGAGGACCACAGCUUGGUUGCAGAGGAGAAGAUGAGGCUGCUGAAGGAGAAGGAGAAGAAGAUGGAGGACCUGCGGCGAGAGAAGGAUGCUGCCCAGAUGCUAGGUGCCAAAAUCAAGGCCAUGGAGAGUAAGCUGCUGGUUGGAGGGAAAAAUAUAGUGGAUCAUACAAAUGAACAGCAGAAGAUCCUGGAACAGAAACGGCAGGAAAUUGCAGAGCAGAAACGUCGAGAAAGAGAAAUUCAGCAACAGAUGGAAAGUCGCGAUGAGGAGACAUUGGAACUUAAAGAGACGUACAGCUCAUUGCAGCAAGAGGUGGACAUCAAAACAAAAAAACUCAAAAAGCUCUUCUCCAAACUGCAGGCAGUGAAGGCUGAGAUCCAUGACCUCCAAGAAGAACACAUCAAGGAGCGCCAAGAGCUGGAACAGACCCAGAAUGAGCUCACCAGGGAACUAAAGCUCAAACAUCUUAUUAUAGAAAACUUUAUUCCUCUUGAAGAGAAAAGUAAAAUUAUGAAUCGAUCCUUCUUUGAUGAAGAGGAAGAUCACUGGAAAUUACAUCCUAUAACCAGACUGGAGAAUCAGCAGAUGAUGAAGCGGCCUGUCUCAGCGGUGGGAUACAAGAGGCCAUUGAGCCAGCACGCAAGAAUGUCCAUGAUGAUUCGCCCUGAGGCCCGAUAUAGGGCAGAAAAUAUCGUACUGUUGGAGCUGGACAUGCCCAGCCGGACCACCAGAGAUUACGAGGGCCCAGCCAUUGCCCCCAAAGUCCAGGCCGCAUUGGAUGCGGCUCUGCAGGAUGAGGAUGAGAUACAGGUGGAUGCUUCAUCCUUUGAAAGCACUGCAAAUAAGAAAUCCAAGGCCAGGCCUAAAAGUGGAAGGAAGUCAGGAUCCUCCUCGUCUUCCUCAGGAACCCCUGCAUCUCAGCUUUAUCCACAGUCUCGGGGCCUGGUUCCAAAGUAAAGCCAGCUCCUCCUCUCCCAGGGCAUAAACAGCAUUUGCCUUCUGAGAGAAGAGACGAGCGAAAGCGUGCAGAGAGGACUUGAGCCCUAACUCGGAACCAUUCCCCUGAGGAGAAGCGAUGGCCUCUUUGCAGAACGUGCUGGUCAUGAUCAGACACUCAGCUCCUCUGGAAAACCCUUUUAAUUAGCAUCUCAGAAAUGCAUGGGGCAAGGUAAAAUGAGACAGUGCAGGUGGAGAGCAAGAAGGAAGCCAGUGACCUCGCUUCUCUCUUCCCUUCCCUUCCCUUCCCUUGCUUCUUGCGCCUCUUCUCCUUGCCCUUCUCUUCUCUCUCCUCUCCUUUUCUAGCCUGGUCUCUACACUGUGCUCCCUUCUUGUUGGACAGUAGGUCAUAGUCAGCUGUCACCUUAGCAGGACCAAGUCUUUGGAGCUUCAGAUGAAAUGCCAGUGAGCUUGAAAAGUGAAAGCUCUAGAACUUGAGUGGGUUAGGUGCUCGUUCUCUUAGGUAUAGAUGAGAAAUCUCAUUGGGAUUCAAGCCCCAAAUGGGCAUGAUUGGCGAUCUUGCUUCCCUGCACCUCAGUAAGAAGUAGAUCUGCC